GCUGUUCUCUGCUCUUUGUAGCCAUGGAGACCAUGGAGGUGUAUGAGGAGACUGAUCGGAGGAUGACAGAGGAGGUGGAGAGCUGCUACACCCUCAUGGAGGUCACCUCUCCCAAGAAGAGGAAGAAGAACAAGGCUCAGCAGGGAGAGAUCAUGGAGAAACCCAAAAAACCCAGGUAGUCUACUCUACCUACUACACAUUUACAUUUACAUUUUAGUCAUUUAGCAGAUGCUCUUAUCCAGAGGGACUUACAGUUAGUGAGUGCAUACACCAAACAAUCAAACACCAACACCUCCUAUCAAUGCAGAUGGGUCAUUCUUGAAUUACGGUGGCAUUUGGGCAAAACGUCAUUUUUCUAGAUUUAAUUGUUUAUUUAAAUAUAUUUGGGUACAUCUUCCCAUUCUAAAUCAACUAAUAUGUUAUCUUAAAGGCCCAGUGCAGUCAAAAACGUGAUUUUCCUGUUUUAUAUUUAUUUCCACACCAUGAGGUUGAAAUAAUACUGUGAAAUGUUCAAAAUGAUGAUAAUGUCCUUUAGUGUAAGUCGGAGAUGUUUGAAAAAGACUGCCUGAACUUUCAGCCUGUUUUGGUGGGAUGGAAUAUUGUCCUGCCUGGUGACAUCACGAGGCGGUACAUUUGUUAAUAGACCAAUAAGAAAGAGAGUUAGAAACCUCUCUGCCAAUAACAGUUAGUUUUCAGUUUUCCCCUUCCCACUCAGACAACUCCCAGACAGUCCCAGCAAAAUUCUUGAUUGAGAAAUUGCUCUUUGCUAAGAAGUAAUAUAUACAGUGCUAUGAAAAAGUAUUUGCUCCCUUUUUAAAUUUUCUCUACUUUUGUAUAUUUGUGAUACUGAAUGUUAUCAGAUCUUCAACCAAAACCUAAUAUUAGAUAAAGGGAACAUAAGUGAACAAAUAACACAACAAUUACAUAUUUAUUUCAUAAACAAAGUUAUGCAACACCCAAUUCCCCUGUGUGAAAAAGUAAUUGCCCCCUUACACUCAAUAACUGGUUGUGCCACCUUUAGCUGCAAUGACUCCAACCAAAUGCUUCCUGUAGUUGUUGAUCAGUCUCUCACGUCGCUGUGGAGGAAUUUUGGCCCACUCUUCCAUGCAGAACUGCUUUAACUCAGUGACGUGUGGGUUUUUAAGCAUGAACUGCUCGUUUCAAGUCCUGCCACAACAUCUCAAUUGGGAUUAGGUCUGGACUUUGACUAGGCCAUUCCAAAACUUCCAAUUUGUUGCUUUUUAGCAAUUUUCAUGUAGACUUGAUUGUGUGUUUUGGAUCAUUGUCUUGCUGCAUGACCCAGCUGCGCUUCAGCUUCAGCUCACAGACGGAUGGUCUGACAUUCUCCUGUAGAAGGCAAGUCGUCCAGGUCCUGAGGCAGCAAAGCAUCCCCAAACCAUCACACCACCACCACCAUGCUUGACCUUUGGUAUGAUGUUCUUACUGUGGAAUGCAGAGUUUGGUUUUCGCCAGGCAUAAUGGGACCAUGUCGUCCAAAAAGUUAUACUUUUUAAUCAUCUGUCCAUAGAACGUUCUUCCAAGAGUCUUGAUGAUCAUCCAGGUGCUUUUUGGCAAACUUGAGUCAACCUUUUGGACGAGAUGGGUCCCAUUAUGCCUGGCGAAAACCAAACACUGCAUUCCACAGUAAGAACAUCAUACCAAAGGUAAAGCAUGGUGGUGGUGGUGUGAUGGUUUGGGGAUGCUUUGCUGCCUCAGGACCUGGACGACUUGCCUUAAUAGAAGGAACCAUGAAUGCUGCUCUGUAUCAGAGAAUUCUACAGGAGAAUGUUAGACCAUCCAUCUGUGAGCUGAAGCUGAAGCGCAGCUGGGUCAUGCAGCAAGACAAUGAUCCAAAACACACAAUCAAGUCUACAUGAAAAUUGCUAAAAAGCAACAAAUUGGAAGUUUUGGAAUGGCCUAGUCAAAGUCCAGACCUAAUCCCAAUUGAGAUGUUGUGGCAGGACUUGAAACGAGCAGUUCAUGCUAGAAAACCCACACGUCACUGAGUUAAAGCAGUUCUGCAUGGAAGAGUGGGCCAAAAUUCCUCCACAGCGAUGUGAGAGACUGAUCAACAACUACAGGAAGCAUUUGGUUGGAGUCAUUGCAGCUAAAGGUGGCACAACCAGUUAUUGAGUGUAAUAAUAAUAAUAUGCCAUUUAGCAGACGCUUUUAUCCAAAGCGACUUACAGUCAUGUGUGCAUACAUUUUUACGUAUGGGUGGUCCCGAGGAUCGAACCCACUACCCUGGCGUUACAAGCGCCAUGCUCUCCCAAUUAAGCUACAGAGGACCACAGUGUAAGGGGGCAAUUACUUUUUCAUACAGGGGAGUUGCAUAACUUUGUUUAUGAAAUAAAUAUGUAAUUGUUGUGUUAUUUGUUCACUUAUGUUCUCUUUAUCUAAUAUUAGGUUUUGGUUGAAGAUGUGAUAACAUUCAGUAUCAUGAAUAUGCAAAAGUAGAGAAAAUUAGAAAGGGGGCAAAUACUUUUUCAUAGCACUGUAUACACUACCAGUCAAAAGUUUGCACACAGCUACUCAUUCAAGGGUUUUUCUUUAUUUGUACUAUUUUUUAUAUUGUAGAAUAAAAGUGAAGACAUCAAAACUAUGAAAUAACACAUAUGGAAUAAUUUAGUAACCACAAAAGUGUUAAACAAAUCAAAAUAUAUGUUAUAUUUGAGAUUCUUCAAAUAGCCACCCUUUGCCUUGAUGACAGCUUUGCACACUCUUGGCAUUCUCUCAACCAGCUUCAUGAGGUAGUCACCUGGAAUGCAUUUCAAUUAACAGGUGUGCCUUCUUAAAAGUUAAUUUGUGGAAUGUCUUUCCUUCUUAAUGCGUUUGAGCCAAUCAGUUGGGUUGUGACAAGGUAAGGGGGGUAUACAGAAGAUAGCCCUAUUUGGUAAAAGACCACAGUGAAGGUCAGUCAAUACGGUACAUUUCAAGAACUUGUAAAGUUUCUUCAAGUGCAGUCACAAAAACCAUCAAGCGCUAUGAUGAAACUGGCUCUCAUGAGGACCGCCACAGGAAUGGAAGACCCAGAGUUACCUCUGCUGCAGAGGAUAAGUUCAUUAGAGUUACUAGCCUCAGAAAUUGCGGCUCAAAUAAAUUCAAGUCACAGACACAUCUCAACAUCAACUGUUCAGAGGGGACUGUGUGAAUCAGGCCUUCAUGGUCGAAUUGCUGCAAAUAAACCACUACUAAAGGACACCAAUAAGAAGAAAAUACCUGCUUGGGCCAAGAAACACGAGCAAUGGACAUUAGACCGGUGGAAAUGUGUCCUUUGGUCUGGAAUCCAAAUUGGAGAUUUUGUUUCCAACCGCCGUGUCUUUGUGAGACGCAGUGUGGGUGAACGGAUGAUCUCCACACGUGUAGUUCCCACCGUAAAGCGUGGAGGAGGAGGUGUUAUGGUGUGGGGGUGCUUUGCUGGUGACACUGUCUGUGAUUUAUUUAGAAUUCAAGGCACACUUAACCACGAUGGCUACCACAGCAUUCUGCAGCGAUACGCCAUCCCAUCUGGUUUGGGCUUAGUGGGACUAUAAUUUGUUUUUCAACAGGACAAUGACCCAACACACCUCCAGGCUGUGUAAGGGCUAAUUUACCAAGAAGGAGAGUGAUGGAGUGCUGCAUCAGAUGACCUGGCCUCCACAAUCCCCCGACCUCAACCCAAUUGAGAUGGUUUGGGAUGAGUCGAACCGCAGAGUGAAGGAAAAGCAGCCAACAAGUGCUCAGCAUAUGUGGGAAGUCCUUCAAAACUGUUGGGAAGGCAUUCCACCAAUGACACAUUUUAGGUAAAGGAGGAUUUUCUGAAAUGGAGGCCACAAAUGCUCAAAUCUAAAGUCAUCAAACCUUUAAAAAGAAUUUACUAAAGUGAUAUGAUUAAGCAUUUUGCUCACAAGGUUAUUUCCAUUCAUUUAAAUUGACUAACACCAAGUGACACUUUAGAUUUAGACACACCACAUGAUCAAUGGAAUCCUCCGAUCAAUGGAAUCCUUUCGACAUACUAAAAGGGUGUGAUUAGCUAAUCAUUUUAUUUAAUAUGGACCCCGAAAACAGUUUUCCACUGUUGAGAAUGCUCAAGGUCCUUGAAUAUCUUUGUAAUCAGUGAUGACAUAAAACUGAGGGACACACAUUAUACUAGUAAAAAAUAGCGUUCUUUGUUUUUAUUGAUAUAUACAAUAUAUUAAAUACAUUUAUUCACUGUCUAGCAUUCAAAAUAAUAGAUAUUUUGGCCAUGUAAUGUGUGUGGACACCUCAUUGGAAAAUCAUGGGCAUUAAUAUGGAGUUGGUCCCUCACUUUGCUGCUAUAACUGCCUCCACUCUUCUAGGAAGGUUUCCACUAGAUGUUGGAACAUUGCUGUGGGGACUUGCUUCCAUUCAGCCAUGAGUAUUCGUGAGGUCGGGCACUGAUGUUGGGUGAUUAGGCCUGGCACGCAGUCGGCGUUCCAAUUCAUCCCAAAGGUGUUCCAUGGGGUUGACGUCAGGGCUCUGUGCAGGCCAUUCAAGUUCUUCUACACCGAUCUCGACAAACCAUUUCUGUAUGGACCUCGCAUUGUGCACGGGGGCAUUGUCAUGCUGAAACAGGAAAGGGCCUUCCCCAAACUGUUGCCACAAAGUUGGAAGCACAGAAUCGUCUAAGAUUUCCCUUCACUGUAGCUAAGGGGCCUAGCCCGAACCAUGAAAAACAGCCCCAGACCAUUAUUCCUCCUCCACCAAACUUUACAGUUGGCACUAUGCAUUGGGGCAGGUAGUGUUCUCCUGGCAUCCGCCAAACCCAAAUUCAUCCGUUGGACUGCCAGAUGGUGAAGCGUGAUUCAUCACUCCAGAGAACGUGUUUCCACUGCUCCAGAGUCCAUUGGCGGCGAGUUUUACACCACUCCAGCCGACGCUUGGCAUUGCGCAUGGUGAUCUUAGGCUUGUGUGCGGCUGCUCGGCUAUGGAAACCCAUUUCAUGAGGUUCCCUAUGAACAUUUUGGAACUCGGUAGUGAGUGUUGCAACCGAGGCCAGAUGAUUUUAAAGUGCUAUGCACUUCAGCAGUCCCAUUCACACCUGUCAGCAAUGGGUGUGGCUGAAAUAGCCAAAGUCACUAAUUUGAAGUGAUGUACACAUACUUUUGGCCAUGUAGUAUAUCUCUAAAAAAUAGUCACCAAGCCAAUUUGCCCCUAGUAGUUUCUACAAUGCAUACAAAUAGAUAUGUUGCAGUAUAAAGGACUUACAUAUGUUUUCUUAUUAAAUAACAGUUAAAUAAAACAGAACAUGUAUUAUUUAUCAUGUGUUUGUCAUUGUUAAGUGUUUUUACAUGGUGCCAAAGUCAAGUGACAGCAUUUACCACAGCAAUUCAAGAAUGACCCAGAUGAUAAACUCACUAUUUUCACACUGACUGAGUGCACUUGAUUUGGAUUGCCUGUGUAGGUGGAGCAAGCUAAAUCAAGUGACCCAAUCUUUGUGUUGAGUUGACUGCUGUAUGAGUCAAGAUUACAUUUAUUUAUCACGUUUUGAUCUCUCACUUCCAGAUCAGCCUACCUGCUGUACUACUUUGACGUGCACCAGACCAUGCAGCAGGAGUUCCCCAACCUGCCCCAGUCUGAGAUCAACAAGCGCAUCAGUGUGAGCUGGAAGAGGCUCAACGUGGCAGACAAGGGCUACUACCUGGAGAAGGCCAAGCUGGAGAAGGAAGGGACAGACAUGGUACGGUUACCUACUAUUUCCACCAGUGUGUCUGGUAUCUACGAUCGUGUGGUCAGGAAAAACUCCUAGCCUUAGUCAUAAUGAUAACACUACUCCUUCUCUCUGUAUCCUCCGUAGUCAUCUAUGGGCCCUUCCCAGGAGCUCCCAGGCUUCCGUAGGAUCCUCCCCAGGUCCAACUACGUCCUCCUGCCCAAGGGGACCAUGACAGACAACAGGACAGGGUCCCAGCUGGAGGUGUGUAUGGAGGGUCUGGACUCUCCCGUGGGGGAAGGAGUGAUGCCCUCCCUGUCCCUUGGUACCCCCCAGUACCCUCCCCUUGUGCUGGGCUGCGAGGUGGAGCUGUCGGAGCAGUGCAUCGCCAUCGAUGGCCUGACAGACGAGGAGGCUGUGACCCUGACACACUCCGGGGCCCUGCAGGGGGUCCUCUCCUCAUCGUAUCACUCCUCUUCCUCUGCAUCCCACGACUCCCACAAUGCACCUCACCUGGCGGCAGCCGGUCUGCUGCACAAGGAGGAGGAGCCGAGGAUGGUGGGCGGGGGCUAUAGUGUCAUUGGAAUGGCGACUGACGGGGGACGUGUGGGCGGGACGGUGGUGCAGCACGUGAAAACAGAGCUGGUCACCAUCAUACCCAAUCAGGUUAGUUAGCAACGACACAGGAGUUGGCUUACCUUCCUGCUGAUCAUUCAACAGUCUAGGGUUACUAUUCAUUUGCCUUGUCCGUUUGUUCAAUGCAGUAAUGGUAGAUAAAACUAUUGUGUUUCCCCAGGAUCUGAUGGAGCACAGGACGUUGCCAGGCGCCAGCUCUGUAGCCUCUGUUGUCAUGGUACCUGUAGGAGCCAGAGUGGUACGGGACACUAAACCCUCAUACAAACUGGUAAAACUACUCAGACUGAUUUGUCUUCCACUGCAUCAAUUUACCGUUAUCCAAUUUUCUUUGAUUAGAUCAUCAAGCAAUAUAUUACAAAAUGUAUUAAAUUCCUGUGUCAUUUUACCAGUCAGACAUUCUAGCAGAUUCUUACUAAAACAUCUUUGUUUCUGUCUCCAGUCGAAAAAGUACACCAGAAGAGGCCGGGGCAGCUGUCAGACAGCGGGCUGUUCCUUCGUCUACGUGACCCGUCACAAACCCCCCUUCUGCCCUGACUGUGGCAACCACCUGGGGGGCAAGUGGGUGCCCGCUGUAAGUCUACACAUUCCCUGGCUUAAAAGUCUGUUCCAUCAUAAUAUGAAUGUUGAAGUAAAGAUGACAUUUUAUUGGUAGGAAAAUAAUGAGUGUUCACUUAAACAGUUCCGAGGUAUGACAAACUUUCCACGUUUUACAUCUCAGGCGAAGAAGUCUUCAGUGAAAGGUGCUGCUCCUUCAUCCAAGACUUCUCCCCAGAAACCACCAACCAACCCUGGGGACACCCAUGAGACUAGUGUGCCUCCCUCUGAUGAUCAGAACAGUAAGGUGUCUGGAGGGCGGAAGGGAGGGAGAGGACCGCGGGAGUCUAGAGGACAAGCGCAGCAGCGUGCAGUUACAUCAGAACCACCACUAGAGGGAGGCAGAGCCAACAGCCAGGGACUCAUACAGCCUGCUCCAGCAGGGUCAGGGACACAGACAACUACUAUGAUGUGAGCAUAUAGUUCUUUAAUUUAGCCCAUAUUUUAUGGUUUAUCAUUUAAUGGUCACAUUGAGAAUCCAUUUUUCAAACAAGCCUUGUGAGAGUAUUUCUCUUAGUGGGCUUCAUGUUUUGAUUGGUUUAAGAGAAAGUUCUUUAAGUUUCAGUUGUUCUGUCUUUGAGCAGAGCUUUGGUUGGAACACCUGUCACUGGUGCCAGGAUCAAAGUUCAGGAAAGGAGCAGUGUGAUUGGUCAAAAGCGACCUGUGAGAGCCAUCCUCCCUGCCCCAUUCAACACAGGUGGGCACUGCUGUGGACAGAUACAACAACCCUAAGAUGAAUGCUGUCUGGGGUGUAAACACACAUGCCUGAAACCUUGUUUCUGUUUGUCUGAAACUAGGCCGGGCCUUAGUCCAGUGGAUUACUGUCCCUCCUCAUAAAGGCAAUGUUGAGAAGACCAACAGCAGCAAAGCAACCACAGGUAGGAUAUACACAGCCACAUGUACCUAUAUAAUAUAGAAAUAUGUUUUAAUGGUAAAAUGGUUGUAUUUUAUCAUGGUUAGCCAAGGUAAAGGUACUCAUGUUCAAAGUGGUUACUUUGAUCUAAGGGAAGUGACACUAGUUGUUUCUGAGGUAACUGAAAGUGUUUGAUGUGGUGAUUCGGUUUGGACCACAGAGCUCAGUGAGAAGAUGGCAGGUUUGAAGCCUAACACUCUGAAACAGCUCGGCCAGAUCGUGACAACAACGCCUCUGGAACAGGUACACACACACACACACUCCUGAAACAUGCUGAUUAAGUGUUUGUCUUCAGGUUUCUCAGUGUUGUUUUGUCCCAUAGACUCCCCCUACUCCUGUGGACAGAAGCCAGUACAUUGUGACUGAUAAAGUAGGGAAGAUUCUCUCAGUGGUUCCUCUCAAACAGAACUCUACCGCCACACUGGUUAGUGGGACCCUUUUAACUACAUUCUGGGGAUAAUAGGCCAUCCUCACACGUCCUCUAGCAGGCUGUGUGCUCUGUAUUACUCCCACUCCUACUGUAUGUCCUGCGUCCUCUUUUUGACUGUCUGUCUGUAUGUCAGGACCUGGGUCUGUCUACGGCGCGGGGCAGGGGUCGCUGUAAGAACCCGUCAUGUGGCUAUGUCUAUAAGAACAGACACAAGCCUCCUGAGUGCCCCUGCUGUGGCUGGGAGCUGUCCAGAAAGAACGCCAAGGGCUCCAAGCUACAGGUCAGUCCCGAGAGAAUCCCACUAUGGGUGCAUCUGAAAUGGCACCCUAUAGGGCUCUGGUCAAAAGUAGUGCACUUUAUAGGGAAUAGGUUGCCAUUUAGGAUGCAGUUUAUGUUUAGGUGUUGUUGUAUUUCUCUCUGUGUCUGUCUGAAUUCUUCCUCAUCUCUCUGUUGUCAUCCUCCAACCCUCUGUCUGUUGUCAUCCUCAAACCCUCUGUCUGUUGUCAUCCUCCAACCCUCUGUCUGUUGUCAUCCUCCAACCCUCUGUCUGUUGUCAUCCUCCAACCCUCUGUCUGUUGUCAUCCUCCAACCCUCUGUCUGUUGUCAUCCUCCAACCCUCUGUCUGUUGUCAUCCUCCAACCCUCUGUCUGUUGUCAUCCUCCAACCCUCUGUCUGUUGUCAUCCUCCAACCCUUCUUUCUGUUGUCAUCCCUCCAACCCUCUGUCUUGGUCAAUCCCCCCAUCCUCCAACCCUCUGUCUGUUGUCAUCCUCCAAACCCGCUGUCUGUUGUCAUCCUCCACCCUCUGUCUGUUGGUCCAUCCUCCAACCCCUGUCUGUUUUUUUUUUCCCUCUUCCUUCAUUCUCUCUCUCUCUCUUCUCCUCUGUUUCUUCUGUUCCUCCGCUCUGUUUCUGUAUCGUCUCUCGGUUUUCUGUAUCUCUCAUCUCUGUUUCGUACUCUCUUUCUCUGUCUCUCGUCCCUCUCUCUCUCCCUCUCUGCUCUUCUCUCUGUCUCUCUCUCUCUCUCGUCUCUCUCUCUCUCUCUUCUCUCUCUCUCUCUCUCUCUCCUCUCUCGUCUCUCUCUCUCUCUCUCUCCUCUCUCUCUCUCUCUCUCUCUCCUCUCUCUCUCUCUCUCUCUCUCUCUCUCUCUCUCUCAGGGUGGUUCAGUAGCUCUGUUAGACCCGUACCGGACCCUGUCCCCAGCCCAGAGGGAGCUACAGCGCCAGUCCACCCUGCAGCUGCUGCGUCAGGCCCUGCAGAUCCCUGAAAGUGAGGCUGAGCUCCAUGACACCCUGGCCCUCAUCCAGGAGCUCAACUCCACCCAGGUGGUCCUCACCACCAACCAGGCUGGGAACCAGGUGUUAGGGGAAGGGGAGGACCAGGGAGGCCUGGGGGAGGUACAGGUUCAGUCAGGCUGGCCGCGGUUCUUUGAGUCUGCAGCCACACACUGUGCUCUGUGUCACUACCCGCUGUUCAAGGGAGGACAGAGGUGAGAAGAAGUUUUGUUUGCGUAGUUUUGAGUUUAUUAUGGCUCAGUGGUUGGACAUUUCUGGUGCUCAGGGGUUGGAUAUUUCUGGACAUUUUUUCAAAUUUCUGGUGUUUUGAACCAUAGUUUGGUUUCAGGAAAGGUCUCUCUAUAAUGUAUCUCUCUGGUGUUUUGUACCAUAGUUCUUUAGCAGGGCAGGAGGACUGCUGGCUGUUGACUGACUCUCUGAUCCAGACAGCCUCUCUCCAGCUGAAGGUGUGUCUCAACCCCCAGUGUAUGGCCCUGCACAGCUUCACCGACCUCCACCCAGGUCUGUUCAAUGUUGGCAACAGGUUGCUGGUGAGUCUGGACCUGUUCUUUAAGAUCCGGAGUCAGGUCAGACUGGGCCGGCAUCCUAACCAGACAGUCAGGACCAUCCUGGACAACAUCCACAUCCACCCUGGUAAGACUUCCUUGGAGCAAUAUACGGUUCAGAGGGUUUUCAACACUGAGUUCUUUUCAUGUCCACCGUUCUCUAACUUCAUCUAUUCUCUGUUUUCUUUCGCCUCUCUUCAUCCAACCCACUCUCUUUCUUUUUUCCUCAUCUUCCAUCCAUCUUCCCUCUUCUCCCCCUUCUCUCUCUCCCUCCCUCUCUCCCUCCAUCGAUCAGUCCACAAUCUGAGUCCUGAGGAGUUGGCCCAUGUCCAGGAGCUGCUGGUUAGUGGCUACUGGGCCUUUGAGUGUCUGACGGUGAGGGACUACAACGACAUGAUCUGUGGUGUGUGUGGCAUUGCCCCCAAGAUGGAGAUCGCCCAGCGGUACACACACAACGUGCUGGAGCUCAGGAAUGUGGAGGUGAGGGAGAAUGGGAGAGACUUAGACGGGAGGUCAAGGAGAGACUGAGGAGACGGGAGGUCAGGGGGGGACUGAGGAGACGGGAGGUCAGGGAGAGACUGAGGAGAAGGGAGGUCAAGGAGAGACUGAGGAGACGGGAGAGACUGAGGAGACGGGAGGUCAAGGAGAGACUGAGGAGACGGGAGGUCAGGGAGAGACUGAGGAGACGGGAGGUCAGGGAGAGACUGAGGAGACGGGAGGUCAGGGAGAGACUGAGGAGACGGGAGGUCAGGGAGAGACUGAGGAGACGGGAGGUCAAGGAGAGACUGAGGAGACGGGAGGUCAGGGAGAGACUGAGGAGACGGAGGUCAGGGAGAGACUGAGGAGACGGGAGGUCAGGGAGAGACUGAGGAGACGGGAGGUCAGGGAGAGACUGAGGAGACGGGAGGUCAAGGAGAGACUGAGGAGACGGGAGGUCAGGGAGAGACUGAGGAGACGGGAGGUCAGGGAGAGACUGAGGAGACGGGAGGUCAGGGAGAGACUGAGGAGACGGGAGGUCAGGGCGAGACUGAGGAGACGGGAGGUCAGGGAGAGACUGAGGAGACGGGAGGUCAGGGAGAGACUGAGGAGACGGGAGGUCAGGGCGAGACUAAAAAUUGAGACUUAAAGAUGAUUUUCUUUACUUCAUUUGUUUUAGCCUGCCUGAUCCCAGCACAGUCAAGCUGUCUGGUGUGUAUAUUGUUGAUACCUGUGUCUCCCUCUCCCUCCUGUAGUUUACGUGGCCAGACUUCGGGGCUCCAGACGAGGUGCAUGUGGAUGACUUCUGGCUGACCAUGGAGAGUGAGGCCAUCGAGCAGGCAGUGUUCCCCUGCAGCGUCCCCAUCACCCGGGUCGACGCCUCCAUCAUUGCCCCCUUCCUCCCCCCACUGAUGAGGAGCUCCACUGUCAUCAACACAGAGAAGGACAAGGCCCUGCUCCUCACACAGCACACAGGUUGGAAGUCACACUCUCUCAGGGCUGGGGAAUAGGUCAAUCACUGGAGAGAGAAACAUCAUACUCAAAUCUGGAAGUCUUUCAGAUAUUUCAUUGAUCAUUACAUGUUCAUACCCUGUUUAUCAAUCAUUUAAAAAAAAAGUGAGUAUAUAACAUUCUAGAGUGUGUGUGUGUUUUCCAGGUGACCCGUCAGUUCUGGUGCGUCUGAUCCACGAGGGCCAGCUCAGACCGGACCGUAUGGACGAGCACAGUGCAGAGGAGCUCAAAGCCAUACUGGACUGCUGUGGAGAGAUAACUGCACCUGAGAGCAACAAGGUAUAUACCAACCCUGUGUAUAUACCUUGUAUAUACCUGUGUCCGUGUAUGUAUAUUUCUGGUUUGAUUGUGUGUGUUUAGGAGAUUGAUACAUGUCUCUUCUCUCUUUCUGUCAGGAUGAGUUGCUGGUCUCUCUGAUCUCCCUGUGUACGUGUGUUCAGAACGGCCUCUCCACGGCCCCUCAGCCCCCUCCACACCUCACAGCAGGCAAGCUGUCCAAGAUCUGCCCCCAUCAGGUAACAGCACACAACUCACCAAUCAAUACAUCCAAUAUCAAUUAAUCAAUCAAUCAGUCAUCCACCAGAAUCCAUUCAACUAUUACUCAGUCAAUCAACCUGUCAAUUAAACAUUCAGUCUGUCAGUCUAUGAAAAAUGAUAGGGUAGCCAAUCAGGCCUCACACAAUAACAAAAUCUAUUGACCAAUAAACACAAGAGAAACAGAAAGAUGAUAAAGACUACUUUUCCCAUACUCCUCCAGGUGGUGUGUGGUUCUAAGUACCUGGUGAAGGGUGAGACGGCGCGGGACCACGUGGACCUGCUGGUGUCCUCCCGGUACUGGCCUCCCGUCUACGUUACCGACUCUGCCCGCCAGGUGGCGCUGUGUACAGACGUGCAGUACCCUGAGCUGGCCUCCACCAUGUGGGGCAGGAACCAGGGCUGCUUCUCUGACCCAAUGGACAAACCAGAGGUAGGCCCUCACACUGGGCAUGGAAAGGACUUAGUUAUUGACAUCUGAUUAUUGGACUAGGAGGGAAACUGAGGUCAAAUCAGGAUGGUGUCGGAAGGUUUUUUUAACCUGUAAUAUGCUGAUUUUACAAGAUAAUUUGAAGAAUGAAUUGGUCUCUAUUUACAUAAUAGAUAGUAGAUACACUAGGUACUGUGGAUGUUAUUGUUGUUUAUCUCACCUCUCUCUCUCUCCAUCAGUUUGUGUCAUGUGCUGAGCUACAGGACCAGCCUUACAGUGCUGACCUGUCCUCCGUGGUGGAGAACCCCCAGGUCCACCCUGUCACCAAGUCCUCUUCCCGCUGGAUAGUGCACCCUGCUGGGCCUACAGAUGUCCAGGAGCCCCGCUGUCUGGACCACCACUCCAUGGGGCUCUGCAAGGAGCUGGAACCUUACUGCAGCCUGGUACAAGACCUGGAGAGAGACGACAAUGAAGAAGAGAAUGAAGGGAAGGUGGGGAGGAAGGAUGGGGUCAAGGUUGAAGCCGAGGUAACAGAAGGGUCAGAGGUUACUGAGGAGGAGUGUUCUGAGGGUUUGGUGACAUCAUUGCGGCGGCGGCCUUUGGCCUUUGACAACACAGCCUACUACUACCUGUACAAUCGUCUGCAUGACUUCCUGUCCAGCAGGGAGGUGGUGGACCAGCAGAUCAGCACGGUGCUGAAGGCCUGCCAGCCUGGGGAGGUGGUGAUCAGGGAUGCCCUCUAUAGGCUGGGGGUGGCACAGAUCAACACCCAGGAAGAGGAAGGGGAGGAGGGGGAAGGAGACGGG